AUGUCUUUGGUUUCCUCCAGAUCGAACCAGCUGUUCUGUUGUUUGGGACACACACGGACCCUCCGCAUGCUGACCGCUCACCUCCUGUUGACCGCUCACCUCCUGCUGACCGCUCACCUCCUGCUGACCGCUCACCUCCUGCUGACCGCUCACCUCCUGCUGACCGCUCACCUCCUGCUGUCCUGGCUCCAACUCUGCUACAUCUGUUGUUGCGUUCUGAUCACUACAGUCCCGGUGCGCGUGCGAGAUGGGCGUGGCUUUGGGCUCUCACGCGGAGAACGGAAACUGGUGUCACCGGAGCGCGCGCGGCGUGGUGAGCACGCUGUCACAAGAGUUUCAAACAGUCAACACCAGAGGAGCAGGACGGCGCUGCUGAAGAAGCCGAUGUCCCUCCACUCGUUUUGGGGCCAGUACUUGGUCUACUUUGAACAUGAAGGCUUUCAGACUCUGGACGACUGCAAGGAGCUCACAGACAAUCGCCUUUACGAGCUCGGGGUUGUUCCCACCGGUCACCGCAGACGCAUUCUCCGCAGUCUGGAGGCCUUCGGAGUGAUGCUUGACGAGUGUGAGGAAGAUGAUAGCAGACGGCGGCGGAAGAAGCCAGUGUUGCAACCCAGACAUAUAUUCAGGGACGUAAAGAGAGAGGCUUCUAGCAUGCGUUCUCAUGGUGAGAAAAGGGGGUGUGACUUAACAGGCAGUUUAACGUUGCCCCCUGGUGCUGGAUUGGGGAAAGAAAUGGACGAUGAUGAAACUCCUGCUUUUCCUCAGCCAGCGCAAAGAGAUCCUCGAAAUAUUGGAUUGUGUUACGUCCCUUGCUCCAACUCCUCAUCAGGUAGCAGCAGCAACAAUUCCUUUUCUGUCUCUGAUGAAUCGUCAGACUGGGAAGACCCCUCUAACAUAGACUCCGCUGAGUGUCCUGCUGAAGUGGCCCAAGUGCAGUCGGAGGAAGAUUUUCCCUUUGAAAUGAUGGUGAACUCGAUCUAUGAAUCCCAGCCUGUUGUCACAUGUCCAAAAGGUCCCCGUCCUACACGCUCCUACCGCCUGAGGCACCGGCCUGUCCCUGAGAUCCCGAAUGUCAUUCUCCCAGACCUUAUACAGGAUAGGAGCGCACCUCUGACGCAAGCGCAGACUGCCGAAAACCUCAGUGGCUGCGAGGGUCCCACCGGUGCAAACGGCAAACAGAAAGCUGCACUUGAGGGAAUCUUGACACCUAUUGUCCCAUAUGGAGAGACAUUCCUGUACAACACCCCUGAAAGCCCUCCGGGCGACGGUGCGGUCAUGGUGGAGUGUGAUCUGUACUCUCAGCUCACAGACACGCAAAAGAGGAGCAAGAACCUGCCUGAAAUCUCUCCAUAUGCUUGUUUCUAUGGGGUGCCCAAACAUGAGGUGUCCAAGAAUGGCUGGCUGGACAAACUGUCACCUCAGGGAAAACAUGUUUUUCAAAGAAGAUGGGUGAGAUUUGAUGGCGAGUCCCUGGCCUAUUAUAACAAUGAAAAAGAAAUGUACUCCAAAGGCAUGAUCCUGGCCAGCGCAAUCCGACAGGUGCGUGUGCUGGGGGAGAACAAGUUUGAGGUGGUUACUGCCCUCCGAACCUUCAUCUUCCGAGCAGACAAAGAAGGGGAGCGCCAGGAGUGGAUGGAAACUCUUCAGACAGCCACACGCCCCCCCGCCUGCGGCUCCCACCCGCGGUCCGGCUGCCUGCGCCCCCCCAGCAUAAACCGGCUUGGUGCUCUGGAGCUGCGCGGCUACAAAGGCAGAGUGCUGGUGUCCCUGGCAGGGAGCAAAGUCAGGCUCUGCAAAACAGAACAGGACUUUAAAUCUGGCCUCGCCAUCACUGAAGUGGAACUUACAGCGGCUCAUAUAAAAAAUAUGGAUCGUAGGAGCUUUGAGAUCAACACACCUUUCAAAAACUUUUGCUUCACAGCCGAGUCGGAGCGAGAGAAGGAGGACUGGAUUGAAGCGGUCCAGGAAUCGAUCACCGAGACGCUGUCAGACUACGAAGUGGCCGAGAAGAUCUGGUUCAACAAGGCCAACAGGAGCUGCGCAGACUGCCGGGCCCCGCAGCCAGAGUGGGCCUCGGUCAACCUGGGCAUAGUCAUCUGUAAAAAGUGUGCAGGGCAGCACCGUUCCCUUGGCCCCAGCAUUUCCAAAGUUCGCAGCAUGAAGCUGGACAGCAGCAUCUGGAGUAAUGAGCUAGUGGAGGCUCUGUGUGCUGCUGUGGUGUCUCCGGAUGUCCUGCACACCAUGAGUCUGGUUUUUACUGGAGCAGACGUCAUGUGUGCCACUGGAGACCCCUCCCACUCCACACCGUACCUACUGGCCCAGCGCGCAGGGCAGAAGCUACAGAUGGAGUUCCUCCAUCAGAACAAACUUGUCUUGUCUGCCUUUGUUCUUUCUCCCACUACUUCAAAGCUGUACUUCAGGCCUCUGCUCCUCUACGAGGCACUCUCUCGACAAGUCCCCUCCCCCACAGUCCAUGGCCCGCCGACGUGGUGGGCGACAGAACUGAGCUCGCCGUAA